GAGGCUCGCUCAGCUGUUCCCAGCUGUUCCGCGCGACAGAGAGCAAAAGUGGCGAUCAGAGACGUUCGUCGAGGCUGUCGUGCGAGAGAUCGCAUUCGCGUACGUGCGCAAUUUUCCGCGCUCACGUCGUCGCAUUUAUUUUUAGUACAUAACGAGUUUAGUGCCAUGUCACGUCGCCGUUACGCACCGACAUCAGGAUUUUUGCUGCGUAACUACGCGCCACCGAGUUCCUGAGAUUCGGACGAGCGAGAUCGUGCGAGGGACGCGCACCGCUCGAACUUUGCCCGACUGCGACGAAUAAUCCUCUCGAAACGGUCAUCUAUGCGUUAACCAUCUCGGCACGCUCGUUCGGGCCGGGUGAUCCGCACGUUGCUGGGAUUCGUCGUCAGCUGGUAGGCUUCACCGAGAUCAUCAUGAGGAAGACACGUUCCAACAUUUUCCGCGAUAUUUACUAUCAGCCAUACGAUGACAGCACAAGGCUUAAGCUUUACUCCAGCAGUAAAGCCAGUCUGCAGCUGAUACAGCGUAUGUCAUUACUGAAGAGCCUGAAAGUCCAUAAUGGUUGUGUGAAUUCUAUAUGCUGGAACAAUAGCGGAGAGUUAAUACUGUCCGGGAGCGAUGAUCAGCAUCUUGUUUUAACUAAUGCAUAUAAUUACAAGGUACUAACGGAUUAUAAAACCAGCCACAGAGCAAAUAUUUUUAGCGCCAAGUUUUUGCCUAACAGCGGCGAUCAUCGUAUCGUUUCUUGCAGCGGAGACGGCAUUAUUUUGUAUACAGAUCUCAUGAGGCGUACAGAGACGUUCCAUAAUCAGUUCACGUGUCACACCGGCACCACUUACGAAAUAGCGACAAUACCCGGUGAGCCACAUAAUUUCCUAAGCUGCGGGGAGGACGGUACCGUGAGAUGGUUUGAUCUCAGAGUGAAGGACAAAUGUAGCGCCACAAGGUGUAGAGAGGAUGUGUUAAUUUCGUGUCAAAGAGCCGUAACUGCUUUGUCCGUGAAUCCGGUGUCGCCGCAUCAAAUAGCGAUCGGGUGUUCCGACAGCACCGUAAGAACGUUCGACAGAAGAACUCUCGGCACACCGGCCACUGGCUGGACAGACGCGGGAGGUUCAGUGAGACCGUUGUGCAGUUUCACCGUGCCGGAAUUCGAAGGCAAUUCCUACAGGAUCACGUCGUUGAGCUAUAGCCCGGAUGGACAAGAUGUCCUUGUCAGUUACAGUAGCGAUCAUCUCUACUUAUUCAGUAUCAAGGAUCAAGGCAGCUUGCAGCUGCGGAAAGACGCGACGAUGGGAAAGGGAAAAGGGAAGAAGCAUCCGUUAAGGUCGCCCCAACCAGUUCGUCGCUUGAGACUGCGCGGCGAUUGGUCCGAUACUGGUCCCGACGCGCGCCCAGAAAGAGAAGGUGGACGCCGCAGCGGCACAGAGAUCGCUCAAGCAAGACCGGUGCUUCAUACUUCCCUGAUGCAAAGGAUGACGGACGUGCUCAGCAGAAUGUUAAACGAUCCGGCUACUCGCGCUGCUCUCAGCGGUGGCGGCGAGGACAGUUUGGAAGGUGUUAUCGAGCAACAGGAAGGUAUUCAAAACACCGAGAAUAAUGGGGAAUUGAGUUCGGAAAGGAAUGACGAAUCGGCUGAGUCAAGCUCAGGACACGACGGCAAUAAUGCGGGAACGAGCGGAACUAUGAGUUCGCACAUCGAUCGAGCUGGAUGUAGCACAGCCACCGACGAAACGACGGACGACAGAAGAGCCGAAACGAUAGAGGUCGAAGAGCGAGAAUAUGAUCAGUUAGCCUCGCAUAGUGCGUCCGCCGAUGCAAACAACGGGAAUUUAAACAAGUCCGACGAUGUUCCUAUGGAAACUGAAUCUAGUCAGAGCGACGCGCAAGCCGCUUCCGCCUGUUCCACGAGUAGUCAUCAUAGAACCAAGCAUGACGACGUGUGGGACGAGAGUGGAAGCGCGAGCGAAGCUUCGCGCGCCAACAUAGAUAGUAAGCAGGAAAGUAUGAUGGAAAAUCUGCAGGAUAGAUUAACAACGAUGCGAGAUGGUUUCCUCGAGAGACAUGGCAGUGAACCUGCCGUGAGUUUAACAUAUUCUGACAAAAGCUCAACUAGCGCUACCAUAUCGCUUGGCGUCGGCGAUGAAGUAACUCGCGACAGUUACCAUCCAGGACCAUCUGGAAGUUGUAGCGAUGGAACUCUCGACGCGGGACCGAGUAAUAAUCACAAACAUCGUUACACCGAUGUCAGGGAGAAGGCUGAAGAAGUCGUUGAUAGCGAGGACGAGGAUAUCCAGCCAGGUGAAAGAUUAUUAAAUCCAGUGGAGGCUGAGAUGGACGAAGCGAUUGCCAAUGCUCGCGCGUCGCAAGGGCACGAGACGUUCGACGAGACCUACCUGACUGAGCUUUGCGUGAAACGGAAAUACAUGGGCCACAGGAACGCGAGGACCAUGAUCAAGGAAGCGAAUUUCUGGGGCGACGAUUUCGUCAUGUCAGGUAGUGACUGCGGUCACGUGUUCGUGUGGGAGAGGGACACCGCCAGGCUUUGUAUGUUGCUCGAGGCGGAUCACCACGUUGUCAAUUGCCUGCAACCGCACCCGUACCUGCCGAUCCUGGCCACAUCCGGCAUCGACUACGAUGUCAAAUUGUGGGCGCCGGUGAACAAGAAGGCAGAUUUCGACGAGAAAUUCGCCGAAGACCUGAAAAAGAGAAACGCGGUCAUGCUGGAAGAAACCAAAGACACUAUUACUGUACCUGCGGUUUUUAUGAUCAGAAUGCUGGCAUGCCUCAAUCAGAUACGCAGAGGUCGAGGUCGCAACAGGAGACGGAGCGGCGACGAGAGCGGCGAGUUACGAGGUGGCUAAGUCGUCUUCGACGAUACUGCAAAUGGUGACGAUAAUAAAAGUAUAAUUUGCGUAUCACGAUAACGUCUCCUUGCGCGGGCGGCGUAGGAUACCUUGCUCGGUGCCGAUAAAUCUUGCAUCAUAUGUGUGACGAAUUGAAUUUCUGAGGCUCGGUAUCUUAGAUAUAUAUGCAAUAGCAGUCAAAUCGAAAAUUGCCCUUGUCAUUGCCAUUUCACGUGCUUGUUUAUAACACGGAAUUCCUAGUAGAAUCGUGUUGUUUAGCGUGCCGAGGAAAAAACUAGUUUUUUUUUCUCACUCUCUGUAUAUACUUUGCGUUUGACGUGAUCCGCGUGAUUGUCGCGAUACGUUAGCCCCUUAACGAUAAUUUUCAUCCGACUCAUACUGCGUGUUAUCUAUGCAUUACGAUUUUGCAUAUUUAUAGAUAGAGAUCGCCGUCGAGCGGAACAAGCGGCAGUGCGGCGCAUCGAUAAAUAUAAAAGAGAAAACGAAGGGAGAAGGAAAUGGAAAAAUUAGUAUGCUAGUCGAAAGUUUGCAAUAAGGGACGUCUCUCGUCUCUGCUACACGUAUACUUUUUAUUGUGUAUUGUUUAAUAUUUAUAUACGAAGAACGGCAGAAGACUGCACUGUCGACGAUCUUUGACGGCAGUGGUGGCGAUAGACAAAAAUAUCGAUUCGUGUAAUCGGUGAAUUGUUAAGAUUUCGAGAGACUCUGCGUAAUAUCACAUUUAUAUAUGUAGACUUGAAUUAUUUAUUUUCACUACAACGAGACAUAAAAUGCGCGCGCGAGAGCGUGUAUCAGGAGUGUAGCAAUAAGAUCUCGCAGAAUUGUCUCUUGCUCGAGACAAAGGUACGAGAUGUAUGGCGACUGAGUUGUGCGGAGCUGCUUCUUAGAGAAAGGGAUUUCUUACUGUUAUCGGCAUACACGAUGAUAACCCCUAUGAAUUCUCGCGUGCAUUUCGCAGAAUCGCUUACGGUCAUUACACUUUCCGUUUGUGUCACAGAUGGUAUCAUCGAGAUAUUCGAGGAAUGAGCGGAUCUUAACGAAGUCAGUAAUACGAUUUGCACUUAACUUCGUAGAGAAAGGAAAGACGCGAGUCCGUUAAUGUUAGAACAUUGAGAUAAAUAUUAUUGUCGUAAGGCGAACUUGUAAGUGCCUUACAGGUAUUCAAAUUUAAAAAGAAGAAACAAACUGAAAGGAAAAGCAAUAACAAGAGUAAUAAUCCGCUUGAGAUAUGUAGGCAGGUUUUUUGCGAGGAAUCAAGGAUUUCCUUGUAGAUUGACGAGAUAAUAAACGCGCACUAUUAAUACCGUAUCUCGCGUCGCGUCGCUUGUGCAAUUUUAAUACGAUAGCUAACAUGAUAGAGCGAUCGUUAGAUAAGUAACUUACAUGCUAAGAGUUAAACGACAUGUCUUUACAAUUGUGUAUUACGUGAAGGGUUUGUUUGUAAUAAAAGUGUGAGAAUGAACGCAGUUA